AGCCGGAGCGACCGACGAUGGUGGCCUUGUCGAUAGCAACGACUCCUUUGGAGGAUGCUAUGCUCCAUCAUAUAGACGUUGACGAAAUAUCAGAUCGUGUUGCAAUCAUGAGAAUCCAAGAAGAUACCACCUACAGAGUCAAAGAUUAUCUUGCGGAAAGUACGGGGAUACGUAAGCUCGCAAGUAAGCCUGUCGACGAAGACUGCCGUGUUAAGAUGUGUGAGUGGUGCUAUCAAGUCGUUGACUUUUGCAAAUUCCGGAGAGAAACUGUUGGAAUCGGGAUGUCCUAUCUCGAUCGUUAUCUUUGCACUCCAAAAGGAAAGGAGGCGUUAUGCAACCGAAAGGAGUAUCAGCUCGCUGCCAUGACUGCUCUAUACAUAGCGAUCAAAAUACACGAGCCUCUGGAAAUGGAAACAUCGCUGCUGGCUGAUCUAAGUAGGGGAUGUUAUACCGAAAUGGAAUUUGUACAUAUGGAACAAACCAUACUCCAAGCUUUAAAGUGGCGUGUCAACGGGCCUACGCUACUCGGCUUCGUGGCACAUUUUGUUGCGCUCCUCCCAGAAUCGGUUCAUCCUGCCAUUGCCGAAACGAUUUUUGAUUACGCAAGAUAUCAAACCGAGAUAGCAAUUGCUGAGCACGUACUUGUCAGUAUCAAGCCAUCAGAGGUCGCUCUUGCCGCCGUCCUCAACGCAAUUGAAGGAAUGGACGUUGCUUUGCUCCCGCUGAAGGUGCAAGGUAAAUUUGUUCGGAAUAUAGAACGCUUUUCCGAGAUUUUCAUCGACGAUGUUGAACACAUUCAAUCCCAUCUAAGUCUUGCACUUGCAAGUCUACUUUCUGGUGACGUUUCCGAGAUCAUUGCCGCAGUCACCGACAUUGAAAGUGAGGACGAAUACGUCGAUGACAAGUCAAUCACUGCGUACAAUCGACGGAAUAGUCCCGUAUCUGUUGUGCAGCGAAAUCGACAGACAAGCGUUGUCUAG